AUGUUAAGGCAGGGCCUGGCCCCCUUCACCGUCCUCCUGACAAGCAAGGACCAGCCCUUCUCAAAUGGGCCUUCGCCCGCAGUAUGUCCUACUACUGAGCCACGACCUCUGGGUGGAGCGCCUUCUCCUAAAGUGACUCGCAGCCCCGUUCCCACGUGGGGCCCCCGUCAGUCCCGAGUGAGGGGUCGGCAGCGGUCCCCGACGCGGAGAAACCACAUACAAUACAAGAAAACCCCUGACAACCACCAGCACGGGGAGACCGACGGACCAGGCGCGACGCGCGGAUCAGCAGGAGGGCGCCCCAGAGAUCAUCUAGCCCACCCCCCGUCAGACACGCCGCUGGGAGCCCCGGCGGCCCGUCGGCGUCGUCGUCUCCCCCCCUCCCCCCGCCCGCGGGACCCCUCCCAGCCGGCCGGCGGGGCGGCACUCACCGGCCAGGAGGGCGAGCGGCAGCAGCAGCCAGAAGACCCCGCACAGCACGCGGCGCUCCAUGGCGGCGCUCAGGCGCAGGUGGCCCAGCCGGCCAGGGGCGUCUCCGCCGCGCUCAUCGCCGCCGCCCCCCGACGGCUCGCGGACGCUCCGCGGGCGGGCGGGCGGGCGAGUGAGGCUGGCCGGCCUGCGGGGCGAGGCUGGGCGCGGCCGGCCACUCCCCGGCGGGACUGUCUUGCGCCUCCUCCGUCCCUCCCGUCGGGGAGGGGCCGAAGCCCGGCAGCGGCCGGCUGCUCUCCAGGGCCGGCCUCCGGGCGCCGCCUCCCGGCCCACCCGGCCCUGGGGGGGAAGGACCGCCCCGCCCCGCCCCAGGGGCUGCCCCGCCCGCCCUCGCCGCCCCCCGACGGCCGCUCCGCUCCGGUCCGCGCCGCACGUGCCUGCCUGCCUGCGCUCCUCCGGCUCCCCGCCGCUCCGCAGUGCCGCCCGGGCCCCUUCCCCGCGCAGGCAGCACCCCCUAGCGCCGCCCCGGCCCCACCACAGCCGCAGCGCGCCCCGCCCGGCCAGAGGCCCGCUGCCCACUCCUCUGCCCCCGUGCAGAGAGCCACAGCCAGCUCGCAGAGGCGCCGGGGACGGGCUGGGGAGAGCCGUCCGCUCAGCUCCUGGCGCUCAGGCCACGUUGCGCCAGAGGCUCACCUGAGCCCACUUUUCAGCCUCGCCUUCGGGGCCCCAGCCUGGCACCCACCGCCUGUUUGCCACCAGCCGGCAAGUCUCGCCCCCCAGCCCCAAGAGAUGCAGCCAGAGUUCAUCUCAAUCUUAUCAGCAGGAGCAAUCUCCUUUACCCACACCGGCCUGCCCGUCUUCUGGCUGAGAUGCAACCUCACCGUACCUGGCCUGAAGGCGGCGACGGGUCCCCCCGGGUCGGCGAGUGCAAAUCCCGGGCUGCCUGCGGCCCCUUCCUCCCUCCAGCCCUUUUCUCCCGGCCUGCCCCCUUUGGAGGCUCCCCCUAGACGCCUCUCUCUGCAGCCGGCUGCUCGGGGCAGGGGAGCCGCUGCAGGCUUCUGUCCAGCGAGGCUGCCGGCGCGCGAGGGGCUCUCCCCCCCGACGGCUCCCGGCGGGCUGCGAGGUCGCGGCGCCUUUAAGGAGGCGGGGCCGGCGCCGCGGCCCUCCUCGAGAAGGGGGCGGGGCCCGAGCGGUUCCCGCGAAAGCUGGAUACAUUCCGCGCCGGAUGGAACGUUGAGUGGCGGCGGCGGCCUUUGA